AUGGUGGCUGCAAGGACCCCAAGGAAUUCUCAGCAUUGGAGACUUCCCCCCAGGCUGGAGGAAACAGUAACAGAAAGCACCAGCUGUCCAGGUAGUGAGUUCCCUGUUGCCAAGUGUGUUCAAGUGAAGACCAUCAGGAAGGUGGCAGCUUUGAAGGAAUUCUGCCUCCCAAGCAUACCUUCUCCCAUUCAGGACUUCCUGACAUUGACUGGACAGGUGACAUCCUGGAUAGGCUUCUUCAAAGACGACCAAGGAGGUGCCCACAGGUGGACCUAUGGCUCCGCCCUCACCUACAUGUAUCUCCCUUGUCACCUAAGGCAGUCUCCUCCACCCCCUCGGAGGCUGGCAGGGCUUUCCAGAAGCAAGUUUAUGGCCAUUCAAGACGUGAACAAGUGUGCAGACACCACCACAUGCCUGGCAUAUGCAACCUGCACCGACACCCCGGAGAGCUACUACUGCACCUGCAAACGCGGCUUCCUGCCCAGCAACAGGCAAGAGCACUGCAGGGGUCCCAGAGUGGAAUGCAAAGACAUCGACAAGUGCCUCAGCCCCAGGCCCUGCCCCGAGCAUUCCAACUGUGUCAACUCUGUGGGGAGCUAUAGUUGCAACUGCCAGGUGGGGUUUUUCCCCAGAAACUCUACCUGUGAAGAUGUGGAUGAAUGCACCAAGCCCAGUGCUUGUCCCGAGCACACGAUGUGUGCAAACACCAUCGGCAGCUACUCUUGUUUCUGCAACCCAGAAUUCGAAUCUGGCAGUGGACACCUGAGUUUCCAGGGCUUGGGAGGAUUGUGUGAAGGUAUUGAUGAAUAUGUUGAAAUGUGCCCUGGCAAUGCAACAUGCACCAACACUCCUGGGAGCUACUUUUGCACCUGCCAUCCUGGCUUUUUCCCAAGGAAUGGGCAGCUGAACUUCACAGACCUGGAAGUGGAAUGUAGAAAUAUUGACGAGUGCUCCCAGGAUGUGUUGCCAGGCUGUCCAAAUUCUGUCUGCACCAAUACCCCAGGCUCCUACAGCUGUGGCUGCAUUGUGGGCUUCCAUCCCCAUCCAGAAGGCUCCUAGAAAUAUGGCAACUUCAGCUGCAAAAAUAUCAAGAGCAAGGUGAUCAAGGAAGAAUGCAUCAAAGAGAAUGUGACCUUCAACUUGAGAGCCAAGGGGAAUGAGAUGAAGAUCAACUGUGCUACCAUUAGAUGCGGGGGCCCAGCCCCUGCAAGUUUUGGGGAGGAAUCUGAAUCUACAGGGACCACCGGAGUAGUUUUUGUCUCCUUUGUGGACAUGGAGUCUGUUUUAGAAGAAUGCUUCUUUCAAGACCCACAGGCCCCCUGGGCCAACUCUGAGAGGAAGUUGAAGAUAAAUUCCCACGUUGUUGGGGGCAUCAUGACUGAGGAGAAGAAAGAUGGGUUCUCAGAUCCAGUCAUCUACACUCUAGAGAACAUUCGGCCAAAGCAGAAGUCUGAGAGGCCCAUCUGCGUUUCCUGGAGCACAGGUGAGGAUGGUGGGAGAUGGACAUCCUCUGGCUGUGAGAUCCUGGAAGCCUCCAAGCCUCGAACCAUCUGCAGCUGCAAUCGUAUGGCAAACAUGGCCAUCAUCAUGGCUUCUGGGGAGCUCACAGAGGACCCUGUGCUGACCGUCAUCACCUGUGUGAGGCUGGUCAUCUCUCUGCUGUGCCUGUUCCUGGCAAUUCUCACCUUCCUCCUGUGCCGACCCAUCCAGAACAUCAGCACCUCUCUCCACCAGCUCUCCCUCUGCCUCUUCCUGGCCCACCUUCUCUUCCUCAUGGGCAUCAACAAAACUGAGCCUAAG